AUGUCAGUGAUGUGGACAGUGAAGGUGGUCAGCCUGGGCGUGGUGGCCCUCUCUUUCAGUCUGGAGCUGCUUGGCCGGCUCUUCUGUCGCCUCAGGUCUGGAAGAACCCUCCAUGAAGUCCUCUUCUUCCCGUCAGAGGUGGCUUGUGUAGAGCACAUCUUCACUCCCACUUCAGCUCAUCCCUGUUUUUGCUCUUUGCCUCACGGUGUAGAGACCUCUUUCACCCGUCUUCUCCGCCGCAUCCUGUCUGCUUCCUCCUCUCUGGACUUGUGUAUUUUUGCAUUUUCCAACAUGGACCUGAGCAGGGCUGUACUGACGCUGCAUAGCAGGGGGGUAACCAUUCGAGUCCUUACCGACAAGGAUUACGCUGCCAUCACUGGCUCCCAGAUAGGGGUCCUCCGCAAGGCUGGGAUCUGUGUGCGCUGUGACAUGGGCUCCGUGUACAUGCAUCACAAGUUUGCAGUGGUGGACGGCCGGCUGCUCGUCACUGGCUCCCUCAACUGGACGCUGACAGCAGUGCAGAGCAACAUGGAGAACAUCCUCGUCACAGAGGAGCCAGAGCUGGUGCAACCCUUCAUCAAGGAGUUCCACAGGUUAUGGGUACGCAAUGAUCCAGCCACAUACCUGUGCUCAAGUGACCAAAAACCUAACCAGAUCAAACACUGA